CCUGUUGUCACAUUGGCUCGCCCGAGCCCUUCCUCCGGUCGGAAGGCAAACGUCCGUUAAAGAAGUGAACAAAAAUGAAGGCGACCACUUGAGGGAUAAACCGCCGGUUGAGUUUGUAGACGUAAACAUGGCGCAGGAGAGUGAAACCGGAGAUGUGGACAGAGGCAGCGGCGAGUCCGUGAUGCGAGGCCCGGGCGGAGGCGCGUGGAGUCGGCGGCGCUCCGGAGACACCGCGGCGCAGGUGCGGGCCGUGAAGGCGGCGCUGAUGGACACCCUGGGAGCUCACGAGCGGCUCAUCACCUACCUGCAAGCGGUGCUUCUGUGGGAGAGACCCGGACACAGCGUGCUCCUCUACACGCUCACUAACUGCGGCUUCUGGUUCUUUGCUUUGACCUCCUUGAGGAUGCUCUUCUUGUUGGCAUCGGGUCUGGCUCUGGUGGUGUGCAUCGACACAUGGAGGAACAAGAUUUGGCCCAAGAUCAAAGUGAAGCGAGUGGAUGAGAGUGAAAAUGAAAGCUGGGGCCUGGUGCAGCCCGGCACACUGAGCGUACCCGAGUUGUGCCACCACAUGGCUGAGGUCUGGGUGAGCGGAACAUUGUGGGCUGCAGAUCUCAUCGAGUUCAAACGACACAGCCCCGGUCAGUUCUGUGUGCUGGUGUGUGCGCUGUUCUCGUUCCUGGCCAUGGUGGGGCGCUACAUCCCUGGAGUCGUCCUCUCUUAUAUCGCAAUGUGGGGCGUGUUGUUGUGUCCGUUGGCGAUUUACUAUCGGCUGUUACCUCGUGUGUGCGUGAGGCUGGAGCCGGCCCUGCAGUGGCUGGACUUCAGCGUCAAAGGCUACAUGAUGUCCAAGCCCAUAGACAACCAGUUCCUUCGUCGACCGAUCCGAACCGGCACCUCAGGUGACACCAGCGACAGUGAGGAGGAGCUGGCUGCCUUCUGCCCUACAUUUGAUGAAGCGGUGGUCGCUAAGGAAUUAGCCAUGACCGAUUCGGAGCACUCGGAUGCGGAAGUCUCGUACACAGAAAAUGGCACCUUUAACCUGUCCAGGGGACAGACGCCUCUCACAGAGGGCUCAGAGGAAUUCGACAGGCACAGUGACCCAGAGGAGUCCUUUGCACAGGACCUCCCAGACUUCCCGUCUAUAAACCCAGACGCCACCUUGAUGGAGGAUGAUGACGACCCCAGCCUCGGGCUGCCCAGCUUGGCCUCGGUCGGCGUCUCUGGUCCUCGCUCUUCCACCACCUCCGCCUUGCUGGACCUGGACACGCAGCUGGACUCGGACCAGGACGACCUUGACACCGACCUCUCGCUCGGCGGCUUCAACUUGACCUCUGACCUCACCGGCGAUCUAGCGGGCAUGCUGGCCAGCAACAUGAUCCAGGCGGCUCUGUCGGGGGCCCUGCAAGCUCCGCGCACAUACAGGAAACAGUCGAGCUCAGAGCUGGACCCGGAUUUGGACCUGGACCAGGACCAGGAUGACUUCGAGCUGCUAGAUCAGUCCGAGCUCAACCAGAUGGAUCCUAUAGGAGGCGCGGGGACGAGAGGAAGCGGCCAGAACAGAACACAGGGAUCCAGCUUCCUGUCCAACCUGCUGGGGAAGCCACAGUGAGCCCCGUGUGUGUGUGUGAGUGUGUUCUGAUACACACCUACCUAUAUCACCACCUUCUGCCUGUCCAUUCUCUAGAGCAUAGCGAAGAGCAAGUUUGCAGUGUGUGUACAUAUAGGUGUGUGUGUGUAUGGCACGGGUCAUGAAUGUUGUAUUCGGUUCCACUACUCAGUGGCUCCAGUCAAUCACUGUGAAGUCGUUUUGUUUUCUCGGCUGUUUCCCCCCAAAUUUCUUUUGUAGGCACAGCAAUAGUACACGAGGAGAAAAACCAGCAAAGCAAACGCCAAACCUUUUUACAGCAUCCGAAAGGUAACAAACUGAGCCUUAUUUACAAACCUCUCCAAGGCAAAAAUUCUGUACAGUCAUCACACGAUACACUCACAAUGGGACCAAGACACACAUUCCUGUAUAGACGCUGUAGAUCACACACAUCCAACAAAACGGCACGCGGUCAGGAGUCGGCCAGUCGCUCACACCGCACGCUGCUGAUUAACGUCCAGUCUUAAUCCACAACCUACCCACGUUCUCAUACUGCUUCCUGUUACCUCAGCUCAUUUAACACCAACUUCACCGGUAUGUUACGUCAAUUAUUUCAUUCCUGAACAAAUUACUGCAGCUUUCUACAAAUAAAAAAAAAAAAUAUAUAUAAAAUAUUAUAAAAUAUACACCCACUGAGAAGCAGAUCAAUUGGCAGUUUCAUUUUUAACCAUUUAAUUUGUAGGAAUUAUGUUUAAUUAUUUAUUAUUUGAUUUUGUUUUUAAUUUAUUUAUGCGAUUACUUAAUCGAGAUCACGUUCAACUCAAUUGCUGCUUCAUGUAUCGAACAUAUUUACCAGAAUUGUCACGUUUAAAUAGAUUUUUCUUUUUAUUAUUUAUUUACUUCUAGGACACUGUGUAGUUCCUCCUAAAGAAUCCUAAACAAUGAUCUCCUAGAUUUUGCAGACCAAAUUUUUUACUUCAAAAUAAUCAAAUUCUGCUGAGCUUUUAUGCUUUUUUUUUUUUUUUUUUUUUAUUCGUUCAUGCAGGAAAAGUCAGUACUAGAAGCGUGUCCUCAGUUUUCAGCUCUGAUUGUGGUCAUGCAGAACAUCCAUAAAGGAAACGGAUGCAGAUUUAACUCCUUUAAUGAUUGCGUAUGAAAGGGUCGGCUUACCGCUUCCUGAUUUCUGUGGACAGUGUGUGGGAAAGGGAUGCAUGGAUGCACCGGUACCCAUUAAUGGGAUCCUGUGUGGCGUGAGCGCGUACGUGUACAGUGGUGGCGCUAAUAAACAGACAACACGAUAGUGAUCAACGAUAGCAAGCAAAGCAUACGAAGAGGAGGUAGUAAAGCAUCUUCUUACCUUCUUUCAAUGUCACGUGUGUCUCAGUGCUCGCAGAACUGAACUGAAAAACUUGUAGUUCACUACAUUGUUAACAGCCAGGUUCGCUGACCGGAUAACUGACCUCACAGUAAUAGGCUCAAAAUCUCUCGUACUGUAUUAAACUAGACACAGGACUGACAUAAAUAGAGAGAAAUAACACGGCUGUUUAAUUCUAAAGAGAUUUCUCAUUUCAUUAUCGGAAUCGGAGAAAAUGGCGUUGGAUUGUUUUUGCUGGAAAUAGAAGGCUCUAGGUCUCAGCCUUCCUCUCUGCAAAAGCCGAUAACGUUUGUGCAACAGUGCUGAUGUAUGCCUUGUAGUAAAACGUGUCUGCGCUUGAAACUUCGGAUAUAUUUGUUGGACAAAAUCCCAUAAACGGAGAGACGUAACGAGACAGGAUCAUCCUCUGCUUUAAACACCAUGCAGUUUUCCAUUCAGCCAAUCACGAGGCAGAACCGUACGGGUCAAGAGCAUCAGUUGAAGGUCAGAAUGGAGGGGGAAAUGGCAUGGGUGAUGUGGGAUUUUCACACACACAGCUCUCUAGAAUUAACAUGGAAUGUUGUGAAAACCUCCAGAGCUCAGGAGACGACUACUCUUUACAGCCAUCAUGAGCAAAAAAGGAGCUCAGAGAAUAGACUGAUGAUUGAGGUGGAUGUUCUAUAACAGUAGAAGACCACGUCCAGCCAAGAUCAGGAAUCUGAGGCACAGAAUCUGGACAGAUUGGUCAAUGAUUGGAUGAGCGCAACUGAGCCAAUGAGCCAUUUUGCCAGCCAGUGAUUCUAUAGGAAAACUGUAGCCUUGACCAAACCCAUAUCCAGUAUGGAAUCAGUGUAGAAGAAAACGGUGACGUCUCAUGCAGUCUUAAUUAAAGCCUCGUGUGUUGAAUUCUAAGAUGACUUCUGAUUUGUGCUGUGCGUUAGUAAGAAUAGCAGGCGGUGUGCUGUGAUGCUUCGUUUGUUUGAUUGCUGUUUUGUUUUUUGGUUUUCUUCUCUGAUGAUCUGCCUCUAUAGUGGAUCUACAGUAGAUCUGGCGGACUCCUGCUUGACUUUAGCUGUUCGAGUGAAAUUUUGCUGAUCUUCACCAUAGAUGUAUAUAUAACUCUAAAGAGCUCAUGUCGUCUUAUAGACAGUUUAUACAGUACAAAGAAAGUCUAAUCUGCAUACAGACUGCUAAUUAGGCAACGCCCUCCUUCUGACGUAGAUUAUAGAUCUGAUUCUGACACUGGAGACUCCUUACAUCACUCGUAAACAUCAACAUAUGAACAGUUCUAUGUUUUUUUUAUUGGUUUGGAAAAAAACACCUUUACUCUGUUUAUACGGUAUUGGUUUUUAAAUUUAAAGGCAUUUCAAUAGUUAAAAAAAAAAUUGAUAUAAAUUUCUGAAAAUUUGCCUGAAGAAAACCUGAACGAAUCGGUUUUUCUGGACGAAACGGACGUAAAAUCAAUUUUAAAAAAUAAUAACUAAAUAAAAAAUGAAGACGACCAGAGACGGCUGUAUUCGGUAUUCUUUUUCUUAAAUUAAGUGAGCAGUUUAUCCUGCUCACUCGUUUCUAUCCAUUCUCUAGAGCACAUUAAUGACCAUUUAUUUUUCCAUUUUCUUUCUUCGCUCAUCCAAACAGCUCCUGAGGUUCUCUGGUGUUUCUCUUAUAUUUAUAUUUAGAGAAAGCCUGAAGCCUUUAUUAUCGCCACACAUACAUUACAGCACAGUGGAAUCCUUUUCUUCGCAUAUCCCAGCUGAUGAAGAUGGGGUCAGAGUGAUACAGCACCCCUGGAGCAGAGAGGGUUAAGGGCCUUGGUCAGUUACCCAACAGUGGAGCUUGGUGGUGCUGGGGCUUGAACCCUGGUCCUCUGAUCAACAACCCAGAGCCUUAAGACCACUUGAGCCACCACUGUGCCUUUAGAGAAAGAAACAUGACGUUCGUCCUUACCAUUAUCAUUUAUUUUAUUUUACAUCAUAUGUGAAAUAAUUAUUUUUUAUCGAUCGAGCCACUUCAACCAAGCGUAAAAUUAUUAUUAUUAUUUUAACUACAGGAGCUUUAGUACCGUGUUUAUCUUUCAGUAUGCUGCACUGACGUCCAGUCAGAUAUGUACAUCUAUGGUGAUCUUAUCUUCACCUUCCACACUUCCACAUGCUGGUGGAGGGUUUAUAGUCCGUUUAACCCCAAACUGACAUUCUCUAACUGACAAAGAGGAAGCGGAUGUCCUCUUUCUUCAUCUUAAUGUGCACAGGCAUGUGCCAGAAAUCUCUGUAUAUGAUGUAUCAUGAUAUUACACACACACACACUUAAACAUUGCGUACUAUUCAAAAGCACUUGGUCUGAUCAGAUUAAACACGACACGGCGUCCUUCUAACUACGGAAUAAGCUCCGAGCCGUGCCGUGGGGUUCAAUAAAGCAAUAUUACGACAGUAAUGUGAAGAAACGAUUCGAAUUAUCGUGUGUUUAACUCAAAUUUUUAAGGAAAAGCCUGAUCACUAAAUCCCUCUUUCUUCUUUCUUCCACGCUGAGGAGAAACACAAUCGCUGGUCUCUCUGUUCAUCGACUUAUUCCGAUUUAUUCGCCUGAUGUGAGCCAGAAAGAGAAACCACUUUACAUUUGGGAAGAUUCAAACAUAGUAAUAAAAUAAUAGGGCUUUACUUUAAAGAGGAAAAAAAUUUAUUAUAAAUGUAAAUGUUGAGGCAGGAAAGGUCAAGGGUUAAAAAAAAUAUCCGACUUCAGGCUGCCUCUAGAUUCACCUCACAACUUGUAAAGAGGUUUUUUAUUUUAGAGGGGACAAAAAAAACAGUAAUUUAAUAGAAUGUGUACUUUAUAAAAACGAUGAUAUUCUGGAGUAUAAGUGUUGUGUACAUCUGAUCUGUAGAUCUUCGGUUUCUCGGUCGAUUUUUUUGAUAUGUUUUGAUGUGCAAGUGAAUAAAUCUGAAAUUAAAACCUUUGCCACUUUUUAA